GAGGAGGAGGAGGAGGAGGGGUCCCUGCUCGGGUGACAGGUCCGUCCCUGAGGGCGGAGCGGGGGCCGCCUGCGGCACGGCGGGGUGAGGAGCCCGCGCAGCUCCAUCCCCCCGGCGACUCCUCCCGUCCCGGCCCCUGAGGAGGGAGCGGAGCCGCGCUCGGUUCCAGCGCCGCCAGCGAACCCGCCAUGUCCGGCCAAAGCCUCACCGACCGCAUCACGGCGGCGCAGCACAGCGUGACCGGCUCGGCCGUCUCGAAAACCGUGUGCAAGGCCACGACCCACGAGGUCAUGGGCCCCAAGAAGAAGCACCUGGACUAUUUAAUCCAGUGCACAAAUGAGAUGAAUGUGAACAUCCCACAACUGGCAGACAGUUUAUUUGAAAGAACUACCAACAGUAGCUGGGUAGUGGUCUUCAAAUCUCUUAUCACAACCCAUCAUCUAAUGGUGUAUGGAAAUGAGCGUUUUAUCCAGUAUCUGGCGUCCAGAAACACAUUGUUUAAUUUGAGCAAUUUCCUAGACAAAAGUGGAUUGCAAGGUUAUGACAUGUCAACGUUUAUCAGGCGGUACAGCAGGUAUUUGAAUGAAAAGGCAGUUUCCUAUAGACAGGUGGCUUUUGACUUCACUAAAGUUAAAAGAGGGGCUGAUGGAGUGAUGAGAACAAUGAGCACAGAAAAACUUUUAAAAACUGUACCAAUUAUACAAAAUCAAAUGGAUGCACUUCUUGAUUUUAAUGUUAAUAGCAAUGAACUUACAAAUGGUGUAAUUAAUGCUGCCUUCAUGCUUCUCUUCAAAGAUGCCAUUAGACUGUUUGCGGCAUAUAACGAAGGGAUUAUUAACCUCUUGGAAAAAUACUUUGAUAUGAAAAAGAACCAAUGCAAAGAAGGCCUUGAUAUAUAUAAGAAGUUCCUCACUAGAAUGACACGGAUCUCAGAGUUCCUUAAAGUUGCAGAGCAAGUUGGAAUUGACAGAGGAGACAUACCAGAUCUCUCACAGGCACCGAGUAGCCUUCUUGAUGCUUUGGAACAGCAUUUAGCUUCUCUAGAGGGGAAGAAAAUCAAAGAUUCCACAGCUGCAAGCAGGGCUACCACCCUUUCCAAUGCAGUCUCUUCCCUUGCAAGCACUGGCCUGUCCCUCACAAAAGUGGAUGAAAGGGAAAAGCAAGCUGCGUUAGAGGAAGAACAGGCUCGCUUGAAAGCUUUAAAGGAGCAACGUCUAAAAGAACUUGCAAAGAAACCUCAUACCUCUUUAACCACAGCAGCUUCUCCUGUGUCAACUGCAGCAGGAAGCAUAAUGACUACACCAGCCAUUGAUAUUUUUUCUACCCCUAGCUCCUCUAACAGCACUUCAAAGCUGCCAAAUGAUCUGCUUGAUUUGCAGCCAACUUUUCAUCCGUCUGUGCAUCCUAUAUCUGCUGCUCCACAAGUAGGAAGUACCUGGGGAGGGUUCACUCCAUCUCCCGUUGCUCAACCACAGCCAUCAGCUGGCCUUAAUGUUGACUUUGAGUCUGUGUUUGGAAACAAAUCCUCUAAUGUUGUCCCAGAUUCUGGUGGCUUUGAUGAACUAGGUGGUCUCCUAAAACCAACAGUGGCCUCUCAAAACCAGAGUCUUCCAGUUGCCAAAGUACCGCCUAAUAAAUUAGUGUCAGAUGAUCUGGAUUCAUCUUUAGCCAAUCUUGUAGGCAAUUUGGGCAUUGGAAAUGGAACUACUAAAAAUGAUGUAAACUGGACUCAGCCAGGUGAAAAGAAGCUAACAGGUGGUUCCAACUGGCAACCCAAGAUUGCACCUACAACUGCGUGGAAUGCUCCAACGUUGAAUGGCAUGCAUUUUCCACAAUACGCACCCCCUGUAAUGGCCUAUCCUGCCACAACACCAACAGGAAUGAUGGGCUACGUGAUGCCAUCACAGAUGGGAGGCAUACCAGUAAUGACACAGCCAACUUUGAUAUACAGUCAGCCAGUCAUGAGACCACCAAACCCCUUUGGCCCUGUACCAGGAGCACAGCUGUCUGCAGCAUCCAGCCCUUCCAGUCAGAGUCCUCACAGAGCCUCAGGAAAGGAUCCCUUUGCAGAGCUCUCUCUCCAGGAUUUCUUGUAGAACAACUUAGAUUCAGUUUAUGUAACUGUGUUAGAUGGAAGAGAAAGGAACGUUUCCAAAAAGAUGUGCUCAGCAGUAAACUCCCACUUCCAGGAAAAAAAAAUGAACUUCACUCUCUCAAACUCUCCUCUUCCAUUAAGUGAUGCAGUAAAAUGAAGAAGACCAAUGAAGGAAGCUGGGACACCUCCAUAAGAAGACAUCAGUACACAACACAAAGCCAAGAAUUGCCAUGAAUUAAGACCAAGAUCUAUUUUUGUCCUGGUGACUAACACAUCAAUACUCUCAGCUUCUAAUAAUAUCCUUAAUUGGUAACGUACGAAGAGAAGCCUUUCUUCUGGAAAUUGAUAUUGGUGUUUGGAAAUGCUGUCUGGAUUGGAGAUGUGUCCUUUACCGUAACUCGAAACAAGACUCUGGGCAGGGGAGGGUCAAAUCCUAACUCUUAAUUCUGCAGUUACCUUUUCUUCAGUCCUCACAAAUGUAGGCACAGCAGUAAUGGAAAUUAACUUUUUUUAAAAAUUAUAUAUUCAGUUUGCAGUAGACAUUCCUUAUGUAUUAUUGUUUGUAUUUAUUUAUGAUUAUCAAUUUAACAUUAAUAUUGUAUCAAAAAAAACCUCCUUAUGAAAAUGAGUAUGGAUGUAUACAGUAUGUCUGAUUUUUAUCCACAAAGAAUGAAUCUGAUUCAGAAUGCUUUUCAGCUGACAUACAGAGCACUAAAUAUUUUAAAGGUCUGAAUCUAAUGAAUUCUCAGUAUAUAUGGGAAUUAGGGAAGAGCUGUAAAACGCAUUAAUCCUUAUAGUCAAUUCUGUGCCUAGGAUUUUGCAAGGGAACAGUUAACUGACUAGAAGAAGCACUACAUUUUUAAUUCAGCAUUAGUGCAUUGGGAAGGAACUUUAUUGCUUUGUGCUUGGCAUGUCAUUAUUUUUACAUUUGACAUUAUAAGGCCUUUCCAAUAUGAAUGUGAGGAAUUGCUUUCACUUUAAGACUUUCCUUCUUUUCUGUAAAAAAAAAAUUAAAUUGAGGUGUUGUGUGUUGGGGGGGGAAAGCCUUUUCAUUUGGCUUGUUUAUGAUCAUGUACCUUUUAAAAGUAAAAAGGGGGAAGUAGCUUCCUUACAUAUGUCUAGUGGGUAUUUAGUUCACGAGGAAUUAAAGUAGCGCUGUUGAUCGGUGCUUUGUGUAAAUACAUCGUAACUUCUGGGUGGAGUGGGGCCUUCAGAAGGACAGUCAAUGAUACGAAAGCAAUUCUGUACAUGAAUUAAGCAUACUUGCUGCAUUGUCUCUGCAGAUUCUAUUUUUGUUUAAAAUAUUAAAAUGUAUGUUAGCAAAAAUGGGUGGAUUUUCAAAUAAAAUGCAGCUUCCACAGAACUUUUGUUACGGUAUGAAAGUCUGAGGUGCUUCUUUUCUUUUUGCUGCUUAAAAUGUGCACUGAUAAUUGCUUUGUUUACUUAAUAAAAUACCAAAUGUAUUUCAUAUGUGCAUAUUGUAUUGCAGGAAGUGCAGCACUCUGAACCUGGGUCUGAUAUGGUCCAUGCAGCCUCUUCUCCGAGCUAGCAUCAGACAGCCUCAGUGUUCCAGUAAUAAGGUGUCUCCUUCUUCCUGACCUUCCUGACCUAAAGUGAUAUUUCACCAUCUUCCAGUUUUUCAAAAUAUUCAUGGCAAUAAACUUGU